ACUUUAAUGUUAAGUACAUACAGUAAAUAUUAUUAGUAGUAUCGCUUUUCAGUACUUAAUUCAUUUUAUUCAGUAACCAUCGGCAAACUGCAAAAUUAGAUGACUGCAUGUUGCCCAUUGUGAUUUUAUUGUGACCAGCUCUGUCAACAAAUGCAGUAUAAGGCAUGGCAAAGUACUUAAAACCUCCACAGGGAAGUUCCUACUGUGUCUCAAAGGGGCUAUCCACACAGAAACGUUUUCAGGUGAAAAAGGCAAAGUAUUUUAGCAUUUCAGCCGCUCGUCCGCAUGAAAACGCCGUUUUGGGUGCCCUGAAAUGGUAUUUUGGCUUCAGAGUGGGAAAAUGUGAAAAACGGCGGCUUGUUGUUUUCGUGUAGACCAGUGGUGCCCAACCUUUUUUGACCCACGGACCGGCUUGUGUUCCCACAAAUCUCCCACAGGGUUCGUACAUUAUAGUGACCUAAUUUAUCUUAUUUAUGAUGUAUUGUGUAAAACAAAGACAUGAACAACAUCACAUUAAAAGCACAAAAUGAAUGCCGACCCACCAACCACCAGUUCAAGCCUGGAGUUUUUCGAGAGAGAUGAUUACAUCGCUGUUUGACGUGUGUGGUACAAGGCAGUGUGCUAGCUUAAAUUAACUUGAGACAAAUGUGCACAUUAGCACUCAAUAAGUCAUCAAAACGUACCUUUUUGCAUUCCCACAUAGUAUCAGCAUUUGAGACCAAAUAUGAGGUGAAAGAAAAAUUCUAAAAAUACAGCAGGGGUAGAGAGAAAGUUAGCACACGCACAAUGGACAUGCGUCAAGUGAGACGGAUGUAACAGAGAGAAUCUAGCCACUUUUCAAAAUAAAACCAUGGAAAUGAUUUUUUCUUUCUGUGCGGCCCGGUACCAAAUAACCCACGGCCCGGUACCGUGCCGCAGCCCAGGGGUUGGUGAUCAACUGGUGUAGACAGUCUACGUCACCAUCCCACCGCCACCCGGUGGUAGUUGCCUGACCAGAAGUAAGGUUUGACGACAAGUCAAGAUAAUCUGAAUAUUAUGACAGACGUGACUCAGUCAUGACUCAGUCAACAUUCUCCUGAUAAUUUGUGGUCUUAUACUCCAUAAUGACUCGCAGAAGUAAAUCCACUUCUCGUGAGUCUAGACAUGCCUUGGAAAGUGGAAGAUGACGUUCUUACGCGCAUGUGUUCUUUUUUCCUCUAUGGUUUGGUGUGUCGCGUGGUUCCGUCUGCUUGUCUGUUCACAGCGCCACACGUAGGUGUGAUCUGUUACCGUCUGGAUGCCACUAUAUAUUUAUCCGGUACAUUGUGGACGCAAAUUUUUUUCAACCCGCAAAAAAAAAAAAAAAAACAGGGACAGGACAGGGCCUAGAGCACCCCACUGCUGUGACAAUACAUCCCAAUCACACACAUAAACACUCAAACUCACCAACUGACUCAACAAGCCAAAAAAAAACCCAACUCCCAGCCACACACUGUUGUGGCAGAUAAUCAUUAAACACAAUGUUUGUCCUCCAUCCACUUAGAAAAAGUGACAUCGGGUCCCAUUUUUUACAGACAGUGGUUGAAAGAGCUGAGCCAAAACAAUUCAACAUAAAUAAUGCUUUUGAGAUUGACAGUUUCGAGAGUUUAAGGAAAGUUAAGGCUCACGAUGUAACUCUGAAGGUCUUGGAUUAUAACACUGUUAAAUCGAGCUUGUUUCAUUCAACCUUUUCUCUGUACAAAUUGAAUCAGCCAUAAUUUGCACACAUGAAUAAUGUCCAUUAAAAGUGAACUCAUCCAGCAAGUGUUUGUUUUGGUACAUUUCUUUCCCCAGCCUGUCAGCAAGAUUACAAAUGAAAAAGGCUCUUUAUUCAUAAUCUGCAUGGAGGGGAGCACAGUCUGGGCCGAAGCAGAACCCACUGAAUUUUGAACAAAUGACAAUCGUUUCAAUCGUUUCACUCGACAGGAACUACGCACAGUGGCAACUUCAAAAGAUGCGUACAUGAAGCAUGAAUCUCGGAGGAUCGAAGAGGAAUACAAAGGGAAAUCCCGCCCCCGCCCAGUUAAGCCUUCACUUGUUGGCAUGUUAGCGCUAAUUUGGAGACUGCUAUUCCACAAGCCCGUUUGGACGACAGAGAAUCAGGACCAUCAUAACGUCCGCUUCAUUCAUGUGAACUUCAGUGCCUGGCAUUUUGCAGGAAGUGACCUGCUGUGGGCAGGGCUGGCCAUACGACUCUUUCAAGCUAUGCAAAUGAAUUUUGGAAAGUUACAGUUGGUAUUAUACAGAGUGGCUCAGCACAAUGAAGAGGAAGAAAUCAAAAAGAAGAUAGUGGUGGAGGGUCCUCAUCAUUGGAGGUCCAAAAGGAUUUGUUGCUGCCCUCUGUGGUUUCUCGUCCUGCUCAGUCUCAUGGUACCAAUCAUCAUUCUGAUAUUCCUGUUGACCUUUGAGCUUCCCAAGCAUGUGGGAAAACCAGCUGCAAAAGUUAAUGGUACAACAAGCCAAGUCAGUGUGCUGGAAGGCCUGGUCAUCGCUUCAUUUGGAGUCCCAGCCGCCAACGCUCUGAGGUUCGUCUUCCUGUUGGGCAAGAACCUCAUCUUCAACGAGGAACUCAACAUCAAGAGGGGCUUGGACAACGAGCGGGUCAGCAGCAAGCUGGGCUUCAUGAGCGAAGUGAGGAAGGAGAUGUGGUUCCUCUCUCGCUUUGUCGAGUUCAUGGAGGUGUUUGAGAGCAGAAGAAUCAGGGUGGUCCUCAGGAUCACAAAUCUAGACCGCUGCUCCCCACGAAAAAUUGUAGCCGUUUUAGAUGCUAUCAAUAUUUUACUGUCAGAUGAGGAGAGUCCAUUUAUUUCAGUUCUGGCCGUAGACCCAGAAAUUAUCAUACAGAAGGUCAACUUUGCAGAUGGCUGCUUCUGCAAAGAAGACCGAGCUUAUGCGUUGUUAAACCGCAUUGUCACUCUGGCCUUCACGGUCCCACCGCUUUGUGAUGAUUCAAAGCUCAGUAUAUUUCACAACUUGGCCAGCAGUUCAAAAAACCUUGAGGACAGAAACAUGAGCAAAGAUAAAUAUCAAACUGGAGGCUUAAAAAGAACCUCCUUAUCAGAUAUAUCAGGAGUGGAGGUCUUAUCGGGAACAAAAGAGGCAUAUCCACUGAUCAACAAAGCUGUUGCACUCCAUGUAACUGAGGCAGACAUAGAACAUUGGGUCAAAAGGACCCUUGAGAGCAAUGAAAGAAAGUUAAGUAAGUACAUCUUAGAUGACGCUAUGUCCAUGAGGAGAGUGAUCAACUCCAUUCGAGUGACUGUCAUCAUCAUGGGGGUCUUAAAGACGGAGCUCCCUCAACCGGACCUCAUAGCAGCCUGGGUGGUCCUGGCCAAUCAGUGGCCCUGCCGACUCAGCUGGAUCAUCCAGUGCGUGGAAGAUGCUCUACAGAGAGCCGAAAUCGAUCAUAACGAGGCUGUUGCAGACCACUCCAAAGACCUAUGGAAUGUUUUCAGCGAGUCCAGAGCCGAGCUUUAUGUGAUGCGGGCCCAGAUUGAAGACCUCCUUGAUCAGGAUGGAGACCCUGAAAUGUUUGAGAGAUUCCUCAAGGUGGAUUUCCAGUUCACCAUAGAGGAUUUGAAGGCAUUCAACGUAGUCACGGUGAACCUGAAUCACUCAUUGAAGAAAGAAUUGGCUCAGAUUCGAGGAACGUCUAGGCUGAAAGAUUCUGGUUGGAUGAGGGCCUUUGCUCCUUUGCCAAUCACUUCUAUUAUCAAUAUGGACUCAGAAGAUAUAUGUAAAGAGCUGGAGAAGAUGGAAUAUCCCAGAAAGUAUUCAGAUAUUGUAAAAAGUAAUCGCAUCAGUGGCUCAGCGCUGGUAUUUGGUGACCCAGAAGACGUCAAAAAAUUGCUCAAUAUGACCUUUGGUGAAUGGACGACUUUCAGACUUCGAUUCCUGGGGUUGCCACAACAUCUUCAACUGCAACCCAAGAAUGUACAUCAUCCUCACAAGCAGUUGGCAAGACCUCCCCUACAAGACACACAUCCCCAUUUGGCGACAAGCACUAUUUAAGAAACACACUCAUUCCCCAAACGUUGCUCAGCAUUUAUGUUGUCAAACAUUGCAGUGCACAUAAACAUGGAAAGAGUAAUUACACAGAUACACAAUUUCUCAGUAUUAUUGAAAAGGACCAAUUUGGUUUGAGUCUUUGUUUUUUUUAUAUAAUUUCAACACACUUUAGUGUCAUCUGUUAAUGAGCAAAUGAGGUGAAAGACUUUCAAGAGUUUUAUGGUUGUGGAGGACAUCUGCAAUGUAUGUACUUGUGGUACUGUGAACGACGCUCAAUUAAGACGGUCAUGCUGACUGUUCAUUAUACAUAUUGUAACUUGUAUUUGCCAAAUUGAAAAGGUUUCCUGUGUGCUAUCCAAGGCCUCAUGUGUAUGUCACAGCCUAAACCUGCAAUGACGGAAGGUAUUGGGUAUUUUCCGGUCUUAAUAUACCUUAUGUGUACUGACUGAUGAACAGAAAGGCAAAUAUGUGCGUAUGUUGCAUUAAACUGUGAAUCUCUAUUUCCAAACAAGCAGACGUUGUAAAACUUAAACAUACUGCGGAAAGGAAAAUGCAAAACUGCUCCACAAUAAAUGAUGCUGAUGCAAGCACAGAGUUUUGUUACACCACAUUUCUCAUUUCCAAGCAAUUUUGUUAAUUUAGGUACAAGGAAUGUGCUGAUUCAUGAAAAGCAUG